AAAAAAAGAAACUCCUCCCCAGACCUGGAGCUCCCAUCGUACUUCCUCAAAAGCCAACCGAUAUAAACACACACACACACUGACCUACUUUGUCAGCAGAGGAAGACGGAGUUCGACCCAGAAAACUUCGCCGAACUCUUUGCCUUUUGGACUCAAGGAUGUUGCAGUGUGUCUGCGUGUUGUUGCUGGCAGCCUCAGCUCUGGGCCACCUGGACGAAACAUCGCUGGACAGCCAAUGGGAACAGUGGAAGGUCACACACAGGAAAGAGUACAACGGCCUGGAUGAAGAAGGGAUUCGCAGGGCCGUCUGGGAGAAGAACAUGCGUAUGAUUGAAGCCCACAACCAGGAGGCCGCGCUGGGCAUGCACUCCUACGAGCUGGCAAUGAACCACCUGGGAGACAUGACGUCAGAGGAAGUGUCCGAGAAGAUGACCGGCCUGCAGGUCCCCAUGACCCACGAGCGCAGCUUCACCAUGGCUCUGGACGACAGCGUGUCCAGGCUUCCCAAAGCUGUCGACUACCGCAAGAAGGGGAUGGUGACCUCAGUGAAGAACCAGGGUUCCUGUGGCUCCUGUUGGGCCUUCAGCUCAGCCGGGGCCCUGGAGGGCCAGUUGGCCAAGAGUACAGGUCAGCUGGUGGACCUCAGUCCCCAGAACCUGGUGGACUGCGUCACAGAGAACGACGGCUGCGGAGGAGGAUACAUGACCAACGCCUUCAAGUACGUGCAGAUGAACGGAGGCAUCGACUCUGAGGUGGCCUACCCGUACGUCGGAGAGGACCAGACGUGCCGCUACAAUUCAUCAGGCAUGGCAGCCCAGUGCAGAGGCUACAAGGAGGUCCCAGAGGGCGACGAGCACGCGCUGGCCGUCGCGCUCUAUAAAGUGGGUCCGGUUUCUGUGGGCAUCGACGCCACACUGAGCAGCUUUCAGUUCUACAGCAAAGGUGUUUACUACGACCCCAGCUGUAACAAAGACGACAUCAAUCACGCCGUGCUGGCGGUGGGAUAUGGAGUGAGUGUCAGGGGGAAGAAGUACUGGAUUGUCAAGAACAGCUGGGGCGAGAGCUGGGGCAAAGGUGGCUACAUCCUGAUGGCACGCAACCGUGGCAACCUCUGCGGCAUCGCCAACCUCGCCAGCUACCCCAUCAUGUGAAGAGAGCUCAGAGGAAGACGAGGGAGGACGACGGGGCUUUGCUUAGACUACUACUCACAAAAAUUCAAGCAUGUCAGCAACCACUACAAAAAAAAAUUGUUUUACUUUGUUUACUGAGAUUUUUCAAACAGCAAACAUAUUUUUGAUUUCCUGUACAAUAAAAAGAAAGUCCAGUUGGACUUGUGGUGUUUGGGAGCAAACUGUCCAAAAUGAAGAAGGCUCAGUGGGGUGUGACUGAUGUCCUUAAACACAUGCGAUGAGGGUGUUUGUUUAACUUGCAUUUUCUGAAGCACUUUGAACCCCUGAAAUUAUUUCUGUUUUAUCUCCACACCAGCAGACCUCAGCUGAGCUCUGCUCCGUACAGAAACACACACACACAUUUAGUACCUCCAGGACCUGGUGCAGGUGACGCUAAUCCCAGACGGUCUGGGGCAAGUUAAUAAGCCACCAGGUACAAUCAACAUUUCACAGUAUUUUGCAAGUAGUCUGUGACGGUUUUAGUCCCUGGUUUUAGAUUUUUAAUACUGUUUGUGUAAAGUUUGAAUCGAAUGUGACGGGAAACAUUGCUGGGCAAUGGGAGCUCGUCCUCUCCUGUCAGUCACUUCCUUUAAAAUGGUAAUCAGCGUUUCUCUUGAUCAUGUCGACUCUUGUUGUUGUUCUGCACUUUUCUGAUGAUCAAACUGCAAAGUGAUGUUUUCUAUUAAAACUGAAUAAAGGUUUCAUUUGGAA